CUCGCCCCGCCACCGGUCGCCAGGCAGGGGACGCGCCACAAACCUGUCUUCACGUUGACAAUUUUAAAUAGAUAGGCCACAUUAAGGCUUGGUUCUCAUACACUAUAUUGCAUAAGGUCUUGUGAGGGAUCGGAAAUAAUAUGGCGACAUAAUAGUUUAGAUUACCUGCGAUAAGAGGGAAUUAUUUAAUGUGUGACUAGGCAACUAUGGUCAGUCUCACUAACCAAGCAAGGUGCUACCACAGCUCAGGCACCAUGAGUGAACAGUGCUACUGCCUGCGCUGGAACAAUUACCAGAGCAGUGUAGUUGGUGUUCUGCGCAGCCUGCUUGAAGAGGGCCAGUUUGUGGACGUCACCCUGGCAUGUGAUGGACGCAGGCUCAAGGCACACAAGCUUAUGCUUUCAGCUUGUUCCAACUUUUUUCGGGAAUUACUAAGGGAAAAUCCAAGUGACCAUCCGAUUGUGUUCCUGCGUGAUGUAAGGUUCUGGGAACUGGAAUCAAUCAUGGAUUUUAUUUACAAUGGACAGGUCAAUGUGAUGCAGGACCAGCUGCCAGGUUUCAUCAGGACUGCUGAAGCACUGCAGAUCAAAGGUCUGGCAGCUGUUAACAAUAACAACAACAAUAUACAUGCCAAGCCUCCAGAUCCAAGGCUAUUCUGUGGUGAGGGAGGACGUUUGCCAGAACACUACUACCUGGGAGGAGGAGCAGAAGUUGGAGACCUGCACCAGCCACCUCCCCUCAAACGUCCUCGUCGGCCACCUCCACCCACCCAUACCCUUCUUCCUCCGAGGCCUGAGAACCCUACCCCAGUGUCCAAGCUCGAUGAUCUCCCUUCUAAAGCUGCCAUGGCCCCCACAACACCAGCUCAGGGGUCUCCCAAAACUUCAGCAACCACCUCAGAUCCCAGCAGGAGUGACCCUGCCACUGCCACUGCUGCUCCUGGUACCACUGCUCUCUCUGCGUCCACACCCUCAGGAGUGACCACAAGCCCCAAAGGGGCCAGUGUUGGAGAGCGACCAGGUGGAUUGGUGAAAAUGGAAGAAGACCGUACCUCUACGCCAACUGAUGCUGAGUCAGAUACUGAGUUUGGAACUUCAGAAGGGACAGGAAUAAGUGGCGUGGAUACAGGCAAAGAUGGUGACUGGGGGAUGGGAGAAAGCCCAGCACCUCUCAGCCUUAACUUAAACUACAGUGAUGGAGGAUUUCCUGUGUGUAAGGUGUGUGGGAAAGUCUUCAAACAUCAAGGAUCCCUUGUUGCCCACUACCAGGUACAUCAACUAAGAACCAAGUGCCCAGUAUGUAAGAAGGUGUUGUCGCGUCACUACCACAUGAAGGUACAUCUGUUAACUGUUCACAAAGUGCCUGAUGCAGAAAUAGAAGGACUUCUGCGAAGCCAGAACAUUGCUUGAGGAAAGAGGGUAUUAGUGUGUGUACAGACAUCUGUGUGACUGUGUAACUGCACUUACUUAUCUAUGGUAUUGCAGAAUUGAAUCAAGCUUGUUAUGUGUGUGUGUGUGUGUGUGUGUGUGUGUGUGUGUGUGUGUGUGUGUGUGUGUGUGUGUGUGUGUGUGUGUUUAAUUUCUUGUGCAUAUUUGCUGUCAGAUGCAUUGUGUAAAUGAUAUUUAUGUACAGAUGUGUAAAUAUUUGUAUUCUUUCCACAUAAUAGUGACUAUUUUGGAUCCUAUAUAAGAUAGUUUUAUGGUUACCAUACUUAAGAAAAUAUUUCUGAAAAUAAGCAGUACAGAAAAGUCUAGUCCAAAUACAGCUAGAGUUAUAGUUUACUUUUUUCCUUUCUUUUUCUUUUCUUUUUAUGUCUGGGAGAAUACAAUAGUUACCACAGUAAUGCAACCAGUGGGGAAAGUAUUGAGUGACAUUAGUGUGGUAAUUGGUGCUACAUCUGUUUUUAUAUACUUAUAAAUUUUUAUACAGUAUCAGAAACUUUUAUUUUUUUUCACUUCCAGAGAUUAUUUCUUUAUGGUAAACCCCAGAGUUUUUAUCAAAGCAUACUUAGAUUAUGAAAGUUCAUAAUGGAUUCAAAUGCUCUGGCAUUCCUUAAAAAACAAGUUUGUCAUUCUUGCCAUUGAUAGCACACCACACUUGACCUCCACUUGAUCCCUCACUCUCACCAGGUGCUUUCCAGGUGCUUAAUAUAAGUGACCUUUUUGUUGUGAUUGUUCUAAAUAUUUAUUACAUGGUUGCUAACUUCAAAUGGUAGACUAAACAGUUACCAGGUGCUUGUAGUGUGUGUGUGUGUGUGUGUGUGUGUGUGUGUGUGUGUGUUAUCUAUAAAGAAAAGUCUAUAAAUAUAAUGAGUACAAUGGUUGUGUUAUGUUUUAGUUUUCUUAAAUACUUUAUGACAGUAAUGUAUGUUUAUAAUUAUUUAUGUAAAUAGUUAUUUUCCAUGAAAUACUAUAAAUUUUUUUUGUUUAUGCUAGCCUCAUUUUAUGGCUUCUGCAAAAUUUUACUAUUGGCACAAUUACACUGGGAUUUUAGAGCACAAUUUUACUCUAAACUUGUUGCACACUUAAACAUAGCAUCACAUAUCCUGUAGAAUACUAAUACAUUUGACAUGUUUUAGAAUCACACAAUUUUCAGUUAUUUUACAUGGUGGUAAACUUGUUUAGUUAGAAGAAAAUGUCAUAGAAGCAUGCAGGCUACUUUCCGUGUUAGAUUAUUAAGUUUAUUUACAUGGUAUCAUUUUUGGGAACUGUACCCACAGAUACUCCACCUUCACCUCAAUGACUUGUAUCAUCAGAAUCCCAACUAUCAUAAAAAUGUCAGAUCAAUAACUUCUGAUUGUAAGUUAAGGUGGUGGUUGUUGAAGAACAAAACAUGUUAUAGUCAGUAGGAAUCAGAUAUGAAUGGAAUUUUUUAACAUUUUAUUUCCUUGGAGAAGUUUGAAUGUAUGUAUAUAUAUAUAUAUGUAUAUAUAGAGUACGCAACAAUGCAUGGUCAUUAUAACGAACAACUGCAGUAACAUACUCAAAUUUUAAUAAAUAUUUAAUCAGAAUAACAAACCAAAACUGGCAUAACGAACUUGGCAUUCAUGCGAGCACUGGAAUUUUAAUAAAUAUUUAAUUGGAAUAACGAACCAAAAUUGGCAAGACAAACUUGUCAUUAGUGCAAGCACUGAAAUUUAAAUGAAAAUUAAAUCAGAAUAACAAACUAAAACUCGCAAAACUAACUCACCAGCUGUGCAGGCCACUGCUCACCUAUCCACCGCCUGUCCCUUUCUUUUUUUCCUUUACUCUCCCCUUCUUUUGUCCUGUCUCAAAACCCCCUUCCCUGUCACCUCCCAUCCCCCUGAUCUAUCAGAGAUAAGGGACAAGGGAGUGAUUCUGCUCUCUCUCUCUCUCUCUCUCUCUCUCUCUCUCUCUCUCUCUCUCUCUCUCUCUCUCUCUCUCUCUCUCUCUCUCUCUCUCUCUCUCAUUCAUUUGGUCAUUUUUGCUUCAUCCUUUCUCACUUAUACAUAAUUCCAUUUUCAUUCUCAGUAAGUCUCAUUGUAUUUAACAUUCCUUAGGAUUGUUUUUACUUUCACAGAGAGAGAGAGAGAGAGAGAGAGAGAGAGAGAGAGAGAGAGAGAGAGAGAGAGAGAGAGAGAGAGAGAGAGAGAGAACUCCAAUUUAGGCAGGGUUUACUGUGUGUAUAUUCUUGAUGGCAACAGUAGGUAAAUGUGACAUAUCCUACUUAUGUAUAAUUCACUACUUAAUACAGACAUCAUCAAGGUUACAUUUAUUUAUUUUAUGGUUUUCUGAACCAAGACUUAAUUUGUAGAUACUUAAAAUACAGAAUAAGGAGAAUAAAUAAUAUAAUACUGUAUUUAACACAGGCAAAUUAACAGACUUUCGGCAAUGUUGCUGAAUGUUUUCUUUUUCGGUUUUCCACCAGCAAGUUGCUUUGCUGCUGCUCUUUCAGGCAUAAUGACAGACGAGGUUUUUUUUUAUCAAACUGAUAUAGCAAGCUUUUAUAACAUUCAUACUGAAACCAAUGCACAAAACAGACAUCAUGACUACUUUUAAAACCCACCAGAAUUAUAUAUAUAUAUGUGUGUGUGUGUGUGUGUGUGUGUGUGUGUGUGUGUGUGUGUGUGUGUGUGUGUAUUAUAAGCACACUCUCACUAUAUCAAACCAUUUAGAAGGAAGGGCUGAAAAUUCUACGUAUAUGAAUGUUUUGCAGGGAUCUUUUGCUGAAUUCCACUUACUACAUAAGGGAUAUUGUUAAGUGAAAUGCAUUUGGUUAACUGGGAAAUUACAUAUAUGUAUGUAUUUUGCAUCAUUUCAGUAUGUAUGUAUUUUGCAUCAUUUCAGUAUAACAACACUGGUGUACAUGUAGGUACAUUAAUGGCAUUGACCAUCAAACAAGUAUGGACAUAUAUAUAUAUAUAUAUAUAGUAUUCACAUCAUGUAUGCAUUGUAUACACACUGUACCUUAUACUCAGGCUGUGUGUUGGUUGAUCACCACAUUUAAUGAUGAUUGGUUCAUUAAAUAAGAAGCAUGUUGUCUUGGAAUAUUUGUUAAUGUUGUUAUGUUAAUGUUUGUUAUGAAAGACUUCUUUAUAUUGAGGGUUUAACUGUAUUUCCAGGUACUCCUCAUCCUGAAUUAUGAGGAGGUUACAUUCUGAUAUAUCCAUCUUAAGGUGAUAAUAUAUUCAUUAGCCAUAUUUGACAUCUGAUGAGAUGAAACUACUCUGAUUUUCAAUAUAUGCUUGCUUUACCAUCAUUAAAUAGGUAAGCUGCUAGUGCUGCCUGGAAAAAUAUGUACUAUCAUAAUGUUGCAAAAUUGAAACUAAAAGCAUUGCAAAAUCACUUUUGUACAAAAGUGAUCUGUGCUAUUGCAAAUUGGUGUAUCUCACAUGUACACAUACACAUGUGUAUACAUACACACACACACACA